AUAUUGGUUGGACUAUCUGCUUUUGUUGGUAUACUUCAUGUUUACAAGUGCUGUUUUUUCAUGGUUACAUCAAAAAACAUGUUUUCGAUCAUCUGAUCUGUUUGUGUUAACGUUUUACAGAAGGGCUGUGCUGGGCAAGAACAGCUGAAAGGCAGACAUCAAGGAUGAGAUUAGAAUACCUUAAAGCUGUACUUAAACAAGAAGUUGGGUUCUUUGACACACAAGCUGCUGAGUCUUCCACAACCUUUCAAGUUAUUUCAACCAUUUCUGCUGAUUCCAAUACAAUCCAAGUCACUAUAGGCGAAAAGAUACCUGAUUGCCUGGCCUAUCUAUCUUCCUUCUUCUUCUGCUUCAUAUUUGCCUUUGUGCUCUCAUGGAAACUCACAUUGGCAGCUAUACCAUUCACCAUGAUGUUCAUCGUCCCGGGGCUUGGAUUCGGGACAAUGAUGAUGAAAGUGGGGAUGCAGGCGAUCGAGUCCUAUGGGGUUGCUGGCGGGAUUGCAGAGCAGGCGAUUUCAUCUAUAAGAACUGUAUAUUCCUAUGCUGCUGAGCACCAAACUCUCGAGAAGUUCAGCCAAGCACUACAAAAAGUAAUAGAGCUGGGGAUUAAGCAAGGCUUUGCAAGAGGACUAAUGAUGGGAAGCUUUGGAGUCAUUUAUAUCAGCUGGGGUUUUCAAGCAUGGCUUGGAUCUCUUCUGGUCAGUAAGAAGGGCGAAAAGGGCGGUGAUAUUUUCGUGGCGGGAUUCAACGUUCUUAUGGCGGGACUAAAUAUCUUGACAGCUCUUCCAAAUCUCACCGCGAUAACAGAAUCAAAGGCGGCUUCUGUUCGGAUUUCUGAGAUGAUUGAUCGCGAUCCAGCCAUAGACACUGAAGACAAGAAGGGGAAAGCACUGUCAUAUGUGAGGGGAGAAAUUCAGUUCAAAGGUGUAUAUUUCAGUUACCCCUCGAGGCCCGAUACUCCUGUCCUGCAAGGGCUGGAUGCCACGAUCCCGGCUGGGAAAACCGUGGGUAUUGUUGGGGGCAGUGGCUCGGGCAAGUCCACCGUCAUUUCAUUGCUCCAAAGAUUCUAUGAUCCCAUCGAAGGCGAUAUUUACCUGGAUGGAUACAAGAUAAAGAGACUGCAUCUUAAAUGGCUGAGAUCCCAAAUGGGACUUGUUAACCAAGAGCCAAUCCUUUUCGCAACAUCCAUUAAAGAUAAUAUACUUUUUGGCAAGGAAGAUGCAUCAAUGGAAGAUGUAGAGAGAGCAGCCCAGGCUGCAAAUGCACAUGACUUCAUCAUCAAGCUACCAGAUGCUUAUGAAACUAAUGUUGGACAAUUCGGGUUCCAAUUAUCUGGAGGCCAAAAGCAGAGAAUAGCCAUUGCAAGAGCUUUGAUCCGAGACCCGAGGAUCUUGCUGUUAGAUGAAGCCACGAGUGCCCUGGAUGCCGAAUCUGAAAGAAUUGUACAAGAGGCAAUCGAUCACGCAUCCAUCGGGAGGACUGCAAUAGUCAUAGCACAUCGUCUAUCCACAAUUCGAAUGGCGAAUCUAAUAAUGGUUCUUCAACACGGGAAGGUAGUCGAAUCUGGUUCACAUGCACACCUUAUGGAGAUGAACGAUGGAGAGUACUACAAUAUGGUGAGAAUGCAGCAAUCAGGUAUUCAAAACGAGGCUACUCCGAGUCGCCAUAGCCAAAAGAUUGAUAAGAAAAGACGCCAUAAAAUGAGCGUACCUUCUAGUCCACUGAGUGUGAGAUCAAGUGCAGCCAGCACUCCUGUUAUGUAUCCAUUUAGCCCCGCGCUUUCCAUGAGCCCAGUAAUUCCACACAGCGGGAUAUAUUCCGCUCCCUACUCGGUGCAAUACGAAGAUUCGUUUGGAAGCGACGAUGAGGACAGAAAAGAACCGGCUUAUCCUGCUCCUUCACAGUGGCGUUUGCUGAAAAUGAAUGCCCCCGAGUGGCCUCGAGCCCUGCUUGGAUGCAUUGGAGCGAUUGGCUCGGGAGCAGUACAGCCCAUAAAUGCAUACUGCGUUGGGGGUCUUAUCGCAGUUUACUUCCGAACUGACAAAUCCACCAUCCAAUCUCACGCAAGGAACUAUACUUACGUUUUCAUAGGCCUCGGGGUUUUCAACAUGGUCACUAAUGUUCUCCAACACUACAGUUUCGCAGUCAUGGGGGAAAAACUAACCAAGAGGGUUCGGGAGAAGAUACUCGAGAAACUAAUGACCUUCGAGAUUGGAUGGUUCGACCAAGACGAGAACACAAGUGCAGCCAUAUGUGCUCGGGUUUCAACCGAAGCUAACAUGGUUCGUUCCCUCGUAGGAGACCGGAUGUCACUGCUAGUUCAAGCCAUCUUCGCAGCCACCUUUGCUUACACUUUAGGCCUCUUCCUAUCGUGGAAACUCGCCCUCGUGAUGAUGGCAGCUCAGCCUUUGCUCAUCGGAAGCUUUUACGCGAGAAGUGUACUAAUGAAGAGUAUGUCUGGAAAAGCACAGAAAGCACAAAGGGAAGGAAGCCAAUUAGCAAGUGAAGCAGUGGUUAACCAUAGAACUAUAACCGCUUUCUCAUCCCAGAAACGAAUCGUUGGCCUGUUUAAAGCAACAUUAGAGGAGCCAAGAAAGGAAAGUAUCCGGCAAUCCUGGUUUGCGGGGAUGGGGCUAUUCAGCUCCCAAUUUCUCGCCACAGCUUCUACAGCUUUAGCCUACUGGUACGGUGGAAAGCUACUAACACAAGGAGAAAUAUCCCCCGAGAGACUCUUUAGAGCCUUUCUCGCACUGCUUUUCACUGCCUACACAAUCGCCGAAGCAGGAAGCAUGACCAAGGAUAUAUCCCGAGGAAGCGACGCUGUCCGCUCAGUAUUCGCUAUCCUGGAUAGAGAAUCCGAGAUUAAACCAGACAGCUCGGUGGGAGUUGAUGCAAAGAAGGCAGAGUUUAUGGGUCGAGUCGAGUUCAAGAAAGUGUUCUUCGCUUACCCAACAAGACCCGACCAGCUGAUUUUCAAAGGCCUUAGCCUUAAAAUUAGCCCGGGGACUACAGUAGCACUGGUCGGGCAAAGCGGUUCUGGCAAAUCAUCCAUUAUAGGGCUGAUAGAGAGGUUUUACGAUCCACUUAGAGGAGCAGUUUAUAUCGACGGAAGAGACAUCAAGGACUACAAUUUGAGGAAAUUAAGGUCACGUAUAGCAUUAGUUAGCCAAGAACCUACCUUAUUUGCAGGAACUAUCUACGAAAACAUUGCAUAUGGCAAAAAGAAUGCAAAGGAAGCUGAGAUCAGAAAGGCUGCUAUUCUUGCAAAUGCACACGAGUUCAUAAGUGGAAUGAAGGAUGGAUAUGAGACUUACUGUGGAGAACGGGGAGCACAGCUCUCGGGAGGCCAGAAGCAAAGAAUAGCAAUUGCUCGUGCGAUUCUCAAGAACCCGAAAAUCCUGCUCCUCGAUGAAGCAACCAGCGCUCUCGAUACAAUCUCAGAAAGACUGGUUCAAGAAGCACUGGAGAAGAUGAUGGCUGGUCGAACCUGCAUUGUUGUGGCUCAUCGCCUAUCCACAAUACAGAAAGCUACCUCCAUUGCUGUGAUCAAGGAUGGAAUAGUCGAAGAGCAGGGAUCACACUCUGAAUUGCUUUCCCUAGCUGGCGCUUACUACUCGCUUGUAAAACUACAAGGUAGUAGCACGCCUUACAGGCAAACUUGAAAAUGGCAAUUCUCCCAAGAAUUGUAAACUAAG